CAAGAAAGUGAGUGGGUUUUUGAGUUUUUCUUUCAACUUGCGAGAAAUAGUACCAACAAUCGGUGCCCUAGUUCCUCUUCCUCCUUGUUCCCCCAUUCAUCGCGGAGGGUGCAGAUUGUCGAAUACGCCCCCCAAGCCCUAAACUUUUCCGUGAAUCAAGAUGGGUAAGAAGAAGAAGAGGGUUGCGUCCAAGGUGUGGUGCUAUUACUGCGAUCGCGAAUUCGACGAUGAGAAGAUCUUGGUGCAGCAUCAGAAGGCCAAGCACUUCAAGUGCCAUGUAUGCCACAAGAAGCUCUCCACCGCCGGCGGUAUGGCCAUCCACGUCCUCCAGGUCCACAAGGAAUCCGUCACCAAGGUGCCGAAUGCGAAACCUGGUAGAGAGAGUACAGAUAUUGAAAUAUAUGGAAUGCAAGGGAUUCCACCAGAUGUCUUGGCUGCUCAUUAUGGAGAAGAAGACGAUGAUGUUCCAUCAAAGGCAGCAAAGGUGGACAUACCAUCAACACAGCUUGUAGGUGGAAUGGUGCCACCUCCUUUGGGUACAGGAUAUCCUCCUCGACCAGCGGUACCGCCAAUGUAUAAUCCAGCCGUGCCUGUCCCCCCAAAUGCUUGGGCUGUUCCACCUCGACCGGCUCAGCCAUGGUAUCCCCAACCUCCAUCUGUUUCGAUUCCACCACCUGCUCCUUACGCACAACAGCCAUUAUUCCCGGUGCAGAACGUGAGACCGCCACUGCCAUCAACUGCUCCUUCUCCACUCCAAACUCAGGUUACACCUCCUGGGAUGCCUUCAUCUACACCUUCUGUCCCUGUUUCGCAACCUUUGUUUCCUGUUAUUACAACUCAAAGUUCAACAUUUUCUCCUGCUCCUCUAUCUUCAAGUGCUCCAUCCAUAAAUCCAGUCAUAUCCUCAAGUGCCCCUGUUGAUUCCCAUUUGGGUGCCAACUCUGUUGUAAAUGCUUAUCAGGCAAUAGGGAUUCCAGGUGGGACAGCAGGUAACUCACAUUCCUAUGCAUCUGGUCCAAAUACCGGUGGCCCUUCAAUCGGACCUCCCCCGGUAAUUGCAAACAAAGCUCCUGCGCCUCAGCCUGCUGCUAAUGAAGUCUACUUAGUUUGGGAUGAUGAGGCAAUGUCCAUGGAGGAAAGAAGAAUGUCUCUGCCAAAAUAUCAGGUUCAUGAUGAAACUAGCCAGAUGAGCUCAAUUGAUGCAGCAAUAGAUAAGAGGAUACUUGAAAGCAGGUUGGCUGGUCGCAUGGCGUUCUAGAUAUGUCUUACCUAUCCAUGUACACUUGUCAAAUUUCAACACCGAUCAAUUGGCGCUCACUCAGAACAGGUUUUUCCGAGCUUUGGACAAGGUGGGAUCAACAUUCCUUUAUUUUAGUGGUCUAGUAAGUAACCUUGUUUUUGGUGCGAUUCUUUGUCAAAUUAAGGCAAAUAGGCAGUGGACCUGACCGAUGUAUUGAAUCAAAGGAGAAGGACCUUGAAUGGUUUUCUGAUGAUAGUAUUAUUCGUAGGAUAUGUUUCAGAAUUUAUGAUUAUUAGUUCUUUCUUUUCCUAUUUUUCUCUCUCUCUUUCUCAACGAUUUGUAGUCAUCCUUUAGGAAGCAGAUGCUUGAGUACCAUUUGAUGUAACGUUUUCAGUUUUGGGGGAACAAUAGCAUUGUUUCUUUGUUCUUGA